AUGGAUUUCUCCAUGAACUCCUGAUUAUUCCUGUGGAUUCUUCAAGUGUUUCUGUCUAUUAUGAGAAACCAGUCCGCGCAAGGCCCGCACGAGAAGCGACUGCUGCACACGCUACUCGACCACUACAACGUGCUGGAGAGGCCGGUCGCCAACGAGUCGGAUCCACUGCAACUCAGCUUCGGACUCACGCUUAUGCAGAUCAUUGACGUGGACGAAAAGAAUCAAAUUCUUACCACAAACGCUUGGUUAAAUUUGGAGUGGAACGACGUCAACCUGAGAUGGAACGCGACCGAGUUCGGCGGCGUGAAGGACUUGCGGAUACCGCCGCACCGGAUAUGGAAGCCCGACGUGCUCAUGUACAACAGUGCUGACGAGGGCUUCGAUGGGACGUAUCCGACCAACGUCGUGGUCAGAAAUAACGGCAGCUGCUUGUACGUUCCACCGGGCAUCUUCAAGAGCACAUGCAAGAUAGACAUUACGUGGUUCCCCUUUGACGACCAGCGCUGUGAGAUGAAGUUUGGUAGCUGGACCUAUGAUGGCUUUCAGCUGGAUCUCCAGCUCCAGGACGACGGGGGAGGCGACAUCAGCAGCUUCAUCACGAACGGCGAGUGGGACCUGUUAGGUGUUCCUGGGAAAAGGAACGAAAUUCACUACAAUUGCUGCCCCGAACCUUAUAUAGACAUAACUUUUAUCAUAAUCAUACGGCGCCGGACACUCUACUACUUUUUCAACCUUAUAGUUCCAUGCGUUCUCAUCGCGUCCAUGGCUGUCCUGGGCUUUACUCUACCACCGGACUCGGGCGAAAAACUAUCUUUAGGUGUAACUAUCCUUCUCUCUCUUACGGUUUUCCUAAACAUGGUGGCGGAAACGAUGCCCGCUACUUCUGAUGCUGUUCCUCUAUUAGGCGUAACCAUACUCCUUUCCCUUACGGUGUUCCAUAACUUGGUUGCAGAGACCCUGCCUCAAGUGUCAGAUUCAAUGCCUGUGUUAGGAACCUACUUCAACUGCAUCAUGUUCAUGGUGGCCUCGUCGGUCGUGUCCACGAUACUCAUCCUAAACUACCACCACCGGAAUGCCGACACGCACGACAUGUCUCCGUGGAUCAAGACCAUCUUCCUGCACUGGUUACCGUGCCUGCUGCGCAUGAGCAGACCCGCGAGCGACGCCGACCCGGCGCGCAAGUCGCUGCAGCUGCGAGAGCUGGAGCUGAAGGAGCGAUCCUCCAAGAGCCUGCUGGCCAACGUGCUGGACAUCGACGACGACUUCCGGCACUCGGGGGCCGGCGGAGCGGCGGCGUCGGCGGCGGGCUACCUGCGCUCGCACCACGACGACGGCGGCGGCGGGGGCGGUACCCCUGGAGGCGGCGGCUCCGCCCCCGGAGGCGGCGGAUCCUCCUCGUCGUGCCUGGGCCCGCACCGCGAGCUGGCGCUCAUACUGAAAGAGCUGCGCGUCAUCACGGACAAGCUGCGGAAAGAGGACGAGGCGGCGGAGAUCACCAACGACUGGAAGUUCGCCGCCAUGGUGGUGGACCGGCUGUGCCUCAUCAUCUUCACGCUCUUCACCGUCAUCGCCACCAUCGCCGUGCUCUUCUCGGCGCCGCACAUCAUCGUCACAUAAUAAUGCCCGGCGGCCGAAUGCGGCGGGCGCGCCAUCUUGGUUGUGAAGCUAACUGAACAGCAACAAUUCAGAAUCCCUCUCGGUCUUCUUCUUUUUUUUUAUUACACACCGCCCGACCUCCCGAAGCGCAUUUAUACGAUACGUUCGAGGUGAGUGUGGGGCACACGAAAGUCCGAGAUUUAGCGGCCAUUCGCGGCCAUCUUUUUUUUUUUAAGAAAACAACAAAAGACAAACGUUAAAGCCACACGCCCUCUUUUGAUAAAAGAGAGCGCUGACAGAACUAUGGCGGUGGUCGCCUUACCCCCUCCCCCCCCCCUGGUCCGGGAACUCUCUGAGGGUCGAGCUGGGAAUCUCCAAAAACCCAUACACCCCCCCACCCCCCUGGCCGUAAUUUUUCUGAGAUCUGCCUGGAGCCCUUAUUGGUACGACCUGAAGGCAGCUUCGACCCCAGCAACCGGACAGUAAUGAGUGUGUGAGUGUGUAAAAAAAAAUGAUAAAUAAACUGGACGGCAAAAACAUGUUUUAUCACAUCGCCUUUUUCGCUUCCACUGCCCUCCUGAUACUACACACCAGCCAGGAAACCAGACUUACCAAUGCGUUGGCUUGCGAAGUUUCUCAACGGUAUAUUUGUUUCCGUAACUUUAUUCCGUAGCUCAGAACUAUUAAGAACAAGUUUUUACAACCAUUAUUUUUUUUUUCACUUUCAGUAGCUAUAUGUUCCAGCAAGAAUGAUCAUUUUGCAAGUAUGAUUAAGUGUAAAAAAAACACCUUUGCUUAUAAAUACGUAGUCAUUGUCUUCCACUUUGAUUGCAUGACAAAGAACUGUCAAUGUUUGUCUCUGAAAUCGGUAGCAGCUUUUCCCCCCUACCCCCUCCACAUACCCAUACAACCUUUUCAAAUUUGCAAGCUGUUGAUCUCACUCUAAACAAAACAAAAAAAAAAAA